AUGGACACGUCCGCCGCAGCCUCCGCCGCGGAGAAGAAAGAAGGCAGAAGUGCGAUCCCGGAGGGGGCGGCCAGGAAGACCUCAGCGCGGGCAGUGGCCGCGGCUGCGGCGGCGGCGGCAGCUGCCCAAGGAGUGCCGCAGCACCUUUUGCCGCCGUUCCAUGCUCCCUUACCGAUUGACAUGAGACACCAGGAGGGAAGGUACCAUUACGAGCCUCACUCUGCCCACGGCGUGCACGGGCCACCUGCCCUGAGUGGCAGCCCCGUCAUCUCCGACAUCUCUUUGAUCCGGCUUUCCCCCCACCCGGCCGGCCCCGGGGAGUCCCCGUUCAGUGCCCCCCACCCGUACGUGAGCCCCCACAUGGAGCAUUACCUUCGCGCCGUGCACAGCAGCCCCACGCUCCCCGCCAUCUCUGCAGCCCGGGGCCUCAGCCCCGCCGACGUGGUCCAUGAGCACCUUAAGGAGAGGGGGCUGUUUGGCCUCCCCCCCACAGGCGCCAACCCCUCAGACUAUUACCACCAGGUGGCGCUCAUGGCGGGCCACCCUGCGUCCUACGGGGACCUGCUCCUGCAGUCGGGGGGCGCCGCUGGCACCCCCCAUCUCCACGACUACCUCAAUCCAGUGGACGUGUCGCGUUUCUCCAGCCCACGGGUGACGCCCCGCCUGAGCCGCAAGCGGGCGCUGUCCAUCUCCCCGCUGUCGGACGCCAGCCUGGACCUGCAGCGGAUGAUCCGCACCUCCCCCAACUCGCUGGUGGCCUACAUCAACAACUCCCGCAGCAGCUCGGCCGCCAGCGGCUCCUACGGGCACCUGUCGGCGGGCACCCUCAGCCCAGCCUUCACCUUCCCCCACCCCAUCAACCCCGUGGCCUACCAGCAGAUCCUGAGCCAGCAGAGGGGCCUGGGCUCGGCCUUCGGACACACGCCACCCCUGCUCCAGCCCUCCCCCACCUUCCUGGCCCAGCAGCCCAUGGCCCUCACCGCCAUCACCACCACGCCCACCCAGCUCAGCAGCAGCAGCAACUGUCUGAGCGACGCCAGCCAGAGCAAGCAGACCAGCGAGUCGGCUGUGAGCAGCACCGUCAACCCCAUCGUCAUUCAUAAACGCAGCAAGGUCAAGACGGAAGCUGAGGGCCUGCGGCCAGCCUCCCCGGUGACCCUGGCGCAGGAGCAGCUGGCCGACCUCAAGGAAGACCUGGACAGAGACGACUGCAAGCAGGAGGCGGAGGUGGUCAUCUACGAGACCAACUGCCACUGGGAGGACUGCACCAAGGAGUACGACACGCAGGAGCAGCUGGUGCAUCACAUCAACAACGAGCACAUCCACGGGGAGAAGAAGGAGUUCGUGUGCCGCUGGCAGGCCUGCACGCGGGAGCAGAAGCCCUUCAAGGCGCAGUACAUGCUGGUGGUGCACAUGCGCCGGCACACGGGCGAGAAGCCGCACAAGUGCACGUUCGAGGGCUGCUCGAAGGCCUACUCGCGCCUGGAGAACCUGAAGACGCACCUGCGCUCCCACACCGGGGAGAAGCCGUACGUGUGCGAGCACGAGGGCUGCAACAAGGCCUUCUCCAACGCCUCGGACCGCGCCAAGCACCAGAACCGCACCCACUCCAAUGAGAAACCCUAUAUCUGCAAGAUCCCGGGCUGCACCAAGCGCUACACGGACCCCAGCUCUCUGCGGAAGCACGUGAAGACCGUGCACGGCCCCGACGCCCACGUGACCAAGAAGCAGCGCAACGACGUGCACCUUCGCGCCCUGCUGCUCAAGGAGAACGGGGACCCCGCGGCCGGCCCCGAGCCUGGCGGCCAGCAUGCAGAGGAGAGCACCGAGGCCAGCAGCACCGGCCAGUCCGUGGAGGACUGCCUGCACGUCAAGGCCAUCAAGACCGAGAGCUCCGGGCUGUGUCAGGCCAGCCCAGGGGCCCAGUCAUCCUGCAGCAGUGAGCCCUCUCCCUUGGGCAGUGCCCCCAACAAUGACAGCGGUGUGGACAUGCCGGGCACAGGGCCCGGAAGCCUGGGAGACCUGACGGCGCUGGAUGACACGCCCCCGGGGCCCGACACCUCGGCCCUGGCCGCCCCGUCCGCCGGCGGCCUGCAGCUGCGCCAGCACAUGACCGCCAUGCACCGGCUAGAGCAGCUCAAGAAGGAGAAGCUCAAGUCGCUUAAAGAUUCCUGCUCGUGGGCCGGGCCAGCUCCACACCCCCGGAACCCCAAGCUGCCUCCCCUCCCGGGAAGCGGCUCCAUCCUGGAAAACUUCGGCUGCGGCGGGGGCGGCAGGCCACUGGGGCUGCUGCCCAACCCGCGGCCGUCGGAGCUGUCCGCUGGCGAGGCGACGGUGCUGAGCCACCUGCAGGAGCGCCGCGGCAGCUCGGCCAGCACCGUCAGCUCGGCCUACACCGUGAGCCGCCGCUCCUCCGGCAUCUCCCCCUACUUCUCCAGCCGCCGCUCCAGCGAGGCCUCGGGCCUGGGCGCCGGCCGCCCGCCCCAGGCCAGCUCCGCGGACUCCUACGACCCCAUCUCCACGGACGCCUCCCGGCGCUCCAGCGAGGCCAGCCAGGGCGGGGCGGGCGCCGGGCCGCUCAGCCUGACGCCCGCGCAGCAGUACAGCCUGCGGGCCCGGUACGCGGCGGCCACGGGCGGCCCGCCCCCCACGCCGCUGCCCGGCCUGGAGCGCGGGGGCCUGCGGGCCCGGCUGGCUCUGCUGGACGCGUCGGAGCGCGUGCUGGGGCCGCGGCGAGGCAGCGGCGGGCCGGCCUACGGCCACGCGGGGCCUGCCCCCGCCUUCCCCCACGAGGCGUGCGGCGGCGGGGCGCGGCGGGCCAGCGACCCGGUGCGGCGGCCGGAUGCCCUCGCUCCGCCCCGCGUGCAGCGCUUCCUCAGCGCCCACAACGUGAACCCGGGCCCGCUGCCGCCCUGCGCCGCCGACAGGCGCGGCCUCCACCUGCAGGGUCCCGCCGGCGCCGAGGGCGGCCGCGCCCACGGCACCUACUCCCCCCGGCCACCCAGCAUCAGCGAGAACGUGGUGAUGGAGGCCAUGGCGGUGGGGACGGACGGGGCAGGGCCUGAGGACUCCCUCCUGCUGCCCGAGGAUGACCUGGUGCUGCCCGACGACGUGGUGCAGUACAUCAAGGCCCACGCGGGCACCCUGGGUGACAGCACCCCGCAGGCAUACCCCCCCGAGAGCUCCUGCUUCCCCGAACUCCCCAAACUGCCCGGCCCGGAGCUGCACGGCCAGCGCAGGAUGGUGGCUGCGGACUCCAACAUGGGCCCCUCCGCCCCUGGGCUGGGAGGCUGCCAGCAGGGCUACGGUGCCCCCUCCGGCCCGAGCAAAAGCAGCAUGCCCGUGCAGUGGAAUGAGGUGAGCUCUGGCACCAUGGAUGCCCUGAGCAGCCCGGGGAAGCCUCCACCCGUUCUGCAGGGCAACCUGGCGGUGGCACAGCAGAAGCCGGCCUUCGGCCAGUACCCGGGCUACGGCGCACAGGGCCUGCCACCGAGCCCGCGGGGUCUGGGCAGCGCACAGCCACUCCUUCAGGCCUGCGGCGGAGCCCCCUCCGGGCCCAGGGCAAAUCACAUGCAGCGGCUUCGGCAGGCAGGGGCCGGGGGCCAGUGUGCCAGCAUGACCACCACCGCGAGCCCCCAUGCCAGCUACGACCAAGGCCACCCCCAGCUGAGCUCCAGCACCGUGGGCGGAGCCCUGAAUCCAUUCCCCACAUCCUGCAGCAACCUGGUAGCCAAGCCCGGUCACCUGGGGCUCCCCCAGCAGAUGGAAGUUGUUCCUGACCCCUCCAUGAUGGGUAGUAGACGCAGGGAACUCGGGGCCCCUAAUGCCACCCUGGCCGGGAUGGCACCACUUCAUGCAGCCCAGAGCUACCCACAGAGCCAUCACCUGGCAGCCCCCAUGAGCCAGGAGGGCUACCACCAGGGUCCCAGCCUUCUGCCUUCCCACCAGCCCGGCUUCCUGGAGCUGCAGCAGGCCGCAGGGGGGCUGGCUGGGCCCGGCUUCGGCCCAGUGCAACCCCGGCCACCUCCUGAGCCUGGCCCUGCUGGCCGCCACCGGGGGGUACGUGCAGGGCAGCAGCUGGCCUACGCCCGGGCCGCCGGCCAUGCCAUGGCUGCUGUGUCAGCCAACCAGGAGAUGGCAGAGUCGGUGCCCAAGGGAGCGAUGGACACUAUGUCAUCCUUGCCUCCUCAGCUGCCCCCACAGGACACGGGUGGAGCCCAGGACCACAACAUGCUCUACUAUUAUGGCCAAAUCCACAUGUAUGAACAGAACGGAGGCCUGGAGAACCACGGAGGCUGCCAGGUCAUGAGGCCCCAGCUGCCGCAGCCGCAGGCCUGCCCGGAGGGUCUCCAGCCCCAGCCCUUGUCCUCGCCAGGGGUCAACCAGGUGUCCAGCACCGUGGACUCCCAGCUGCUGGAGGCCUCCCAGAUCGAUUUCGACGCCAUCAUGGAUGACGGCGAUCACUCGAGCUUGCUCUCGGGCGCCCUGAGCCCCAGCCUCCUCCACAGCCUCUCGCAGAGCUCCUCCCGCCUCACCACCCCCCGGAGCUCCCUGACCCUGCCCUCCGUCCCCGUGGGCAUCAGCAACAUGGCCGUCGGGGACAUGAGCUCCAUGCUCACCAGCCUGGCCGAGGAAAGCAAGUUCCUCAACAUGAUGACCUAA